AUGCCGUUCGGAUUGUGCAACGCGUUGGCCACAUUCCAGCGACUGAUGGCCCAGGCACUCACGAGUGUGACGAAGAAAUACGGGAACAUCAUCAUGUGUUACGUCGAUGAUGUCGUGAUCGCAACGCCAACCCUAGAGGAUCAGAUAGAGAGGUUAGAUGAGGUGUUUACUUGCAUGAAGCAGGCGGGAUUGAAGUGUAAACCCUCGAAGUGUGAAAUCCUCAGAGACUCCAUAAAGUAUCUAGGCCGCCUGGCGGAUAAGCUUGGAGUGAGACCCGAUCCCGAAGCGGUCGAAGCUGUUUUGACCUGGAAGGCACCCAAGACAGAUACACAAGUGAUGAGUUUUUUGGGGUUCACUAACUCUUAUGAGGAAUUCGUCAAGGGAUACGCCGAUAAAAUAUACCCCAUGCAACAGUUGAUGAGAAACAAAGGCAAAAAGUUCACUUGGACUGAUGAGGCACAAGGUUCAUUUGAAAACCUUAAAUGUGAACUUUGCGAGGCACCAGUCCUCGGUAUGCCAACAGAGAAGGGGAUGUUUGUGUUGGACACGGAUGCAUCAGUGGUUGCGAUAUCAGGCAUACUUCACCAGGAGCAAGAGUGGAACGGGAGAACAGUUCUCCAUCCAAUAGCCUACGGAAACAAGGAGACUUACGACAAACUACCACCAACUAGGUGGCUGAUUAAGUCAGGGCACCCUAUACCAGGACACUAUGAACUUCCAGUGGAAACGGCCGCGGAGAUAAAGUUUUUAGCCAGGGGUGAAGCCGUUCCGCUGGAUAUGCUAGUCCCAUCCAAUCUGGUACAGCAGGAGCUCACCAGGUUGGGUAUAAACAGCAUAGCUCUGCUCAACAAGAGAGUGAAUGUGGCGCCGGACGUCAUGGGGCAACUUAGUGAUUUGCUGGAUAGAGAAGUCGACAGAAAUGAUCGUGAGUGGAUGGAGACCAUGCAGCGAUUGACCGUAACUGAGAAAACGGAGAAGAGGCCAGUGAUCAUUCUCGGUCGCGAUGUGGAACGGGAUUGCCGGUCGAUAGUGAACCAGCUGAUGAUCUCAAUGCCGAAGGAUGUUUUGUUGAGGACUUCGUUCAUAGAACGUGGGAGACCGACCCCGGUCCAAGUUACAGAGAGAGUCAGGGUCAAGUCGAAAUCCAGCUUCACGAGAAAAGUACAUUUCACGGAUGUAACAGAGGAGUACGAUCCGAGCUCAGAUUGCUCUUCCUGGGACGAAACAAUGUCCGGGGAGUCGGACACCUCCAGGCCCGUGCAGGACGAUUUGUCCGGGAGAGGUUGA